AUGUCGCUCAUUCGCCAUGCCCUCACUCGAGCUUCAACAGCUUCUCGAGCUCUGAGCUCGCAGAGCAGCUGCACCGCACCGACCUCUUUCUCCACCUUUGCUCCUCUUCUAGAGUCCAGCUCCAACUCGAGCGUACCUGCCAAGAAGGACCAGGUCAGAGAUCUUGCGGCCGAACAGAGGGCCCGUCAGUCUGAACCUGUCGCUGCGGAUGUGGUGAGCGAUGCGCCAAGUGAGUUUCUCGCUUUCUUUGAGACUUUUGAUACUUUGUCGGACCUGGCGGCCCACUGACUGGUCUGAUCCUGCACACAUAUCGCUUCACUUGUCCAUCUCUCACCCUUGCGCUUCCUCGCGCUCUCGCACCAACAGCCGAGCUUCGCCAACGAGCGGUCCGCAUCUUCAAACCUACAAAGACUGCAAACUCGUCUGGCAAAGCGGGCACCAAUGUGUGGAGAGUGGACUUUGAUAUCAUGCAAGGAUCUGGAAGAUGGGAAAACCCUUUGAUGGGAUGGGCUAGUACGUGAGUACGAGAGCCGCUCAUUCGGGGCGCCAGAAAUUCGGUAUGGGCAUUCGUUGCCUCUAAGAGUACGCGAUGGAAGGAGGGAGGAAGAGAGACUUGGGCUCGCAACGGCUGAGAACAUUGGGCCGGUGAAGCUGAUGUUCAAUUGAUCAUGCACUCCAGCGCCGACUACAUGCAAGCUCUAUACAUCAAGUUCAAGUCGAAGGACGACGCCAUUCACUUCUGGUACGUGCACGCCUGCAGACCGACAGAGGCAGCACUCACUUGUCCGCUCAUCUCCCCUCUUCUCCUCGCCUCUUUCGCGCGGCCCGGACCAAAACGCAUAGCGAGAAGCAAAACUGGCCCUACUUUGUUCAAGAGCCUCAUGCACCUCGCAUUCCUCCCAAGAGCUACGGUGAGUGGUAGAGAUUGCUCUUGCGCGAGCAAACUUACAUUGGCAAGCUUCUCAACGUUGACUCGUCUCUUUGCUUUGCGCUGUUCUUCGCAUCUUUCUCGUCAGCCGCCAAUUACGCGUACAGCGACAAGAAGCUGCGCAUCCACCAGACCAAGUAG